AUGGUGACUUCGAGAAUACCGGCUUAUUCUCUGAGUUCGGAGUUCAACAGGGAGUUCAGAAGUUUCCGCAUAACUCGGGCUACGCCACGAUCAACUCUGUACGCACCAGCUAUUGUGCCUAUACAUGAAUACCCAAGAGUCAGCGUGCACGAGCGGAGGGAGGCCCUCAAAGCUGCAUUAGCAAAAGCGUGGUCUUCGAAAAGCACUGACAGAAAAAAACACGAUACUUGGACCGUUCCCAACGAACAAAGCAGAGCGGGCAUAAUAACUACUGAAUUCACCAGAAAGUCACAGAACGAUGACGUUUCACACGUCGCACUUGUUAAACACGAACUCGAGAGCAAAGACACUGAACGGACAGAUGCAGUAGACCACAGGGCAAAUAGUAGUAUGUCAGUAAGUUUUGCAUACAGUGGUGUCAAUAGGAGCGGCAUCGACAUUCAAGAAACACUAAAAAAGGGCUGUGAUAAAGGUUUACACACUAAAGAUUUAAGUUAUAGCGAGUAUCUGAACAAUGUUCCUAAAUGUAAAACUAGUUUCGAAAAUAGCUUCCUCAAACAAAGCCAUGAGGAGCGUUAUAGUAAACGAAACGGGUACGAUGCCACGAAUAAGCGAGUCGAUAGAGAUAUCAACCUAAACAACGUCGAAUACAGCAGCCUGAAUGGCGACACGUACGAUUCUUUGAAGUAUUCGCGUUCAGCGAACGGAACAGAAUCAGUGCAAUAUAAAAGUUACGGUAAGGCGGACACCGUUAAAAGUAAAUUGCUCAGCACAGAUAGCCCCAAAAGCGUGACGUCUUGCAACGGCGAGAAAUUAAACGGAUACAGUGGUUUGGAGCGACGCAGUGCAAAAGAGCAACAUAGGCCUUUGACGAGCGGACCUAAAGCGGUCGUCGAACAGAGGCUUGCCGAGCGUCUCGAGGUGAAGGUAGCGGAGCUGCCGGCGCUCUACCGUGGUGUUGAUUCCUGGACACCCAAAUCUGCUGCCUUCCAGAAGAAUAUGCGCGACCACGAGUGGAGCGUUUCGUAUGUACAACUGACAAGUCAAAAAACCUUAAAAUUUACUAACAAAUUCCGUUCCCUUUAUUCCGAGCACAAACCUUUUAAAUCCAUGAAAUUCCAUUAA